CCCAAAUAAAACUAAAAAUUAUGCGAUUGCUGUUUUUGCCACCAAACGUUCCUGAUCUCAACUAAUGGCCCGGAUCUCCUCUCAUGCUACCAGACGAAUCGCAUACAUCUAUAGCGAGGAGUAUGCUGAACUUGCCUCGCGUUUGCCAUCGAACGUCGGCCGGUCCAAGAAAAUCCAUGCUCUGGUCGACGCGUAUGGGCUGCUGCGAGCUGCUGAUUUAACUAUCAUAUCGCCACGUCAGGCAACCAUCAGAGAACUUUGUCGGUAUCAUUCUCGCGACUACAUUGAAUUUCUGAGAGGAGCUGAGGAUGGCGAGUCAUCGAGUGGGGAUGAUGAUAAUGUCAUAAACGAUGAUGACCAUGCAGACAGCAAGGAAGAUCAAUUGGAAAAAUACGGCUUACGAUAUGACUGCACUGUGUUUGAGGGGAUCGCGAAGUAUGCGGAAAUGGUCGGUGGAUCGUCGAUCGAAGCGGCCAUGCUACUCAACGACGAUGCCUUUGACGUUGUUAUUCACUGGGACGGAGGAAGACACCAUGCUAAGAAAGACAUGGCAGCUGGGUUUUGUAUUGUGAACGAUAUUGUCCUGAGCAUCAUGGAGCUGCAAAAGAUCCAUAAAAAAGUCAUAUAUAUUGACCUUGAUGUCCAUCACGGCGAUGGUGUCGAAAACGCUUUCCAGUUCACGGAUCGAGUGUUGACAGUAUCACUUCAUCACUUUGCUGAUGGUUUUUACCCAGGAACAGGAAGCGGUACUGCCACAUCCAUGAAAACAAAAGCUGUUGUCAAUGUCCCGUUGAAGUCUGGACUGUCGACGAGUACUUUGGUACGGAUCUUUGACGAGGCGAUUGAGCCGCUCUAUUCUACCUACAUUCCAGACGCUGUUGUGCUGCAGUGCGGCGUAGACGGUAUGACUGGCGAUCCGCUCGGGAAGUGGAACUUGAGCAUGAAGGGCUAUGGCGAAUGUCUGAAGAGGGUUCUGACCUGGAAAAAACCAUUGAUGAUACUUGGUGGCGGCGGGUACAAGACCACGUCGGCGGCAAGGUGCUAUGCGUACUUGACAAGCCUUGUGCUAGGAAAAGAGAUACCUGAGGAGAUACCCGAGCAUGAAUAUUUCGAAGACUUUAAGCCGGAUUUUAUGCUGCAUAUCGAUGCAGGCAUGCAGGCGGAUGAAAAUACAGAUGCGUAUGUGGACGACAUCCGAAAAUUGGUUGCCAAACAAUCCCAGGCACUGCAGAUAUGAGUAUCGUGCAAAACAUACAAUAAAUAAACAUCACAACUCAAC